AUGGAGAUAAAUACUGACAAAGUGAUCAAUGGAGGACCGUGGAUGAUCUUUGACCAUUAUCUUACGGUCAGACCAUGGUCACUUGAUUUCUCCGCAUUGGAGGACCACAUUGAAAAAACCAUUAUCUGGGUACGGUUUUCGAAUCUAAACAUGAUGUUCUAUAAUGAAAGCGUCUUACUGAUGUUGGCAUCAGCCAUAGGGAAGCCAUUGCGGGUGGAUAACACAACUAUAAACAUGUUUAGAGGUUACUUUGCCAGAGUAUGUGUUGAGAUCGAUUUGAGUCAACCGGUGGUGGGCAAAUUUAGUCUAAAUGGGAAGUGGCACAACGUAGAAUAUGAGGGUCUCCACAUGUUAUGCUCUACGUGUGGGUGUUACGGCCACAUCACACAGAAUUUCCAUACCAAAACACAUCCUGCAAUGAAGGAGUCGCAAGUCGUCGUGUUGCCACACGACCAUGGAAAAGAAACCCUACAUGAAUCCAUGUCAAGGGUUACACCAAUAUCGGAACAGGAGAAUAUUAUGUUGCAUGAAAGUCGCGUGGAAUCUUCCACAAAAUCGGAUUCAUCUAAUAUCGAGCCACAUGGUGAGUGGUUAGUGGUCAAACGUAAAAACAGGAAAAGCGGGCACAAAAGUAAUGGCAAAUCAUCUAAGGAUUUGUCCCAAAUUUUCUCAUUCCAAGUGGGUGGGAAUAAAGGAAAAGAUGUGGCAGCCAAGGUGGGGCCCAAGCUGGUGGAAACUUGCUUGGAGAAUCCGGAUUGA